AUGAAGAACAGUUGUAGGCAAAUAUAUUGUUUUGGCUCUCAAAAAUGUAUCCACAUAGACACAACUUUAUACAAGUUAAGUCAACUACACAAAAAAGUGAUAAAGCGUUAUUCAUCAAAGAACAACCCAAAAUUUUCAAUUCUUUAUGUUGACAAGUAUGCACCAGACAAAUCGUUUAUUGAGCUUGGUUAUGAUGAAAAGUUCAUGGCUAUGCUUAGCAUGUAUGGAAGCGAGAAACAAGUAACCAUUUAUGUGACAAUAGAGAAUAACCUCGGCUCCAAUAUUCAUGCUAACCAUUCGUGUGCCAACAGAGAUGAACCACACGAUGAGUAUGAUGCAGACCUUUGUCCUAGUGAAGAAAGUUAUCAUAGUCAUCUCAGUUCUGAUAAUGAAGACGGUAUAGUGAAUGAUGAUGAUGAAGUUAACUCGUGUAGUAAGAAUAGUAUAAGAAUGGAAGUCAGCUCAAAAUUUGAAAAUGUGGUUGAUUUUAGGAGAGCUUUGAACCACUUUGCAGUCAUAAAUGAGUUUAACUACUACAUUCAGAAAAGUGACCCCACACGAUUCAUAGCAAAAUGUGAAAACCUAGAGUGUGAGUGGAGAAUUCAUGCUUCUAUUACACAAGAUGAAGUUACCUUUGAAGUUAAGAAAAUGGUAGAAGUACAUAAUUGCACUCGAAGCAACAAAGGUGGCAAUAAGUGUGCCACUCAAGGUUGGAUUGCUAAUGUAGUAAUUGACAAGUUGAAAUCUGAUGGGGAUGUCUCUCCAUAUGAGCUUAUAAAUUGGAUUAUGAAAACUUACAAUAUUGACGUGCCGUACCUAAAAGUUUUUAGAGGGAAAGAGAAAGCUUAUACUGACAUGUAUGGUAAGUGGGAAGACUCUUUCAUGAAGAUGGACGGAUUUAGAGAAGAACUAUUACAAAGGAACGAAGGAAGCGUUGUUGAAAUUGACUUUGACAAAGUUGGUGGAAAGAAACUUUUCAAAAGGUUUUUUAUUUGUUUAGCAGCUUGUUCUAGAGGGUUUGUUGCUGGUUGUCGUCCGUAUAUUGGUCUUGAUGCUUGUCAUUUAAAAGGAUAG